ACCAUGGCAGCCGCGCUCCAACUCAACCCCCCACCCUCCUCCCUCCCCGCGUUGCCAUCGGAGACGACCGAUCUCCGUUGUCAUGGCCACGGGAUGCGGCCGCGUCGCAGGCGGCUGAUCUGGGGUUUAAGACUCGGCCCAGGGACGGGGAGGGCGUGAAGGGAGAGAGAGGUGGAGAGAGAGAGAGAGGGCGAGGGGGAGAGAGAGACGGCAGCUGCAGCUGGCGGUAGUGGCACGGGAGCUCAGCAGUGGAGGGACUGAGUACAAGAUAACCAACUCGGACCGGUUCGCAGGACCCUAAUAGCUCAGGGGACCCAAGAGACCAAGAGCUCACACGUCAACAAAAACGACGAGGACCUCAGGAAAUCAAGAAGCAGAGGAGCUCAGGGUCCCGAGAGCCUCAGGAUCUGAGGACCAACCACCGGCCCAGGGUCUUGGCACCCCCUAAAGACGAAGAGGUUACUCAAGGAACCCAGGAGUCGAGGAGUCCAGGAUCCCAAGAGACCGAGAAGAACAAAGAGGCAGGACUACUUGGACGGAUGCAGUGACAAAGAGGGUCCGAGUUGGAGGUGGUGGUGGUGGUAGGGUGGGCUACCCAGCUAGGGCCCGGUCAGCAUCCCAAGGUCUCUCUCGGGGUGGGGGGCGACGUGGACGACUUCGUUGCUGCUUCGCGCUGGAGAGGAGGAUUCUGGUGGCGGGGGUGUCCCUGGGCAUGAGGGUGGGAGCAUGAGCGACUGGGUGGUUGACAGCGUGGUGGGGUUCCUGCACAGUCCGCUGUGGGCAGACCCCGUGAUGGGAUUCAUCGAGCACAGUGUUCGAUCCAGGAGAGGAGAAUAAGCUUUCAUACACGGACAUCCACAGGGAGUACAAGGAGCUGGGGCCAGUGCACAGCGACUAAACGAUUAUACCGUGGGGCAGCCGUCCAGCAUAAAGUGUGGAGGGUCUGCUGGAGAGCUACCUGCAGGACAUGGGCAUCUCGGAGCAGCAGCUGCUGGACGCGUGCAGCGCCCAGAGUGUGCAGUCGGAGCACCUGCACCAGGUCUUCGAGGCCGUGCUGGCAGCAGACGACUUCGAGCUCUUCAAGGGGCUCAUGGUGCGCAAAAACAUUGAGCUGGAGCUGCAGGCGCUCUUGCACCUGCAGGAGCAGAAGGGCGUGAUACCCGAGUGCAUGAGCGUGGACGGAUUGGACAAGGUGGGAGAGCUGGACCGGGAAGAGAUGCAACUUCUGCAGGAGGCCAUCAGGGCGUCCAAGCAGCAGUACGAGAUGGAGCAGCAGUGGAGGAGAUCGUGCAUCCUGGAGCCCGGGGCCACGGAGGAGCAGGAGGAUGAAGAGCCAUGCAGAGAAGGGCGAUCUCUGCUGGAGGGCUCCAUCGAUCAUCAGGUCAGCGAGUGCUGCGCGGACGUGCCGGGCCCGAGCGGUCGACGCUGUUCUGACGUUCCGGACGAGCCGCCUGGCGCGACGGGCCCACCCCAGCGCCAGGCCGCCGGUGCGUCAUCUGCACCAGCAGCGCGGCAGGACGUCCCGUCUGUGCCUGGCGGGAGUCAAGCGACCCAGCCGCCUCCACGCCAGCUGCCCUCCGAGCCGCCAGGUGGGACGAGCGCGGCGGCCCAGCAGCGGCAGCAGCCCCGGGCGAGCCAGCCCAACGGGGCGGCCCCGCCGGGCAAGGCCCAGGCCUCUAAGCUCCACGAGACGAGGCCCAAGGAGGCAGCCGUCUCCCUGAAACACAACCUGUCUGCGGAAGAGCUGCGGAGCAGGGAGGAGUACCUGAGGCAGCAGCGGGACCGCCUGCUGGCGGCAAAACGCGAGCAGCUGGGCUCGUCGCAGCGGCAGACCAGCGCCACCUCCAACGACCGAAGGGCGCCGAGUCCCGGCAGGGCGGACGCGUGCACGGCCGGCAGCUGCGGCGGCCCGCAUGGCCGCGCGCAGCCGAGCGCCGCCGAUGGGGACGUUCCACGGAGAGGCCCGUCGGCCAAGGGCGGCGCUGUCGCCGAUCGGCCGGCGCCGGCAGCCGCGGCCACGGGGAAACAGGGCGCACGCACGGAGGAGUCGCAGACGCUGGAGCAGAGGAAGAGGGUGGCUCACAAGCUCAAGGAGGAGCUGCUCCAGAAGAAGUGAGCCAGUCCCCCUCCUCACUCCGGACUGACGCUCGCCAGCCCAGGGUGGCGCGUGCCACCCACAGCGGUGCGUGUACGGCCAAAGGCGUUUACCUUGCGUGACGCAAUACACUGCACGUGAUGAAAAAAACAUAUAUAUAAGAAAUCGGUCAGUAUAGGAAUAGCAAGCGAUACGGAAACACCUUACGUCAUAAUGCAAUGUUAAGUAACGUUCAAUAACGCCUCAUCCUUAUUAGUCUUUGUCAAUGUGAUGCCGGUAGAGGUCUUAGCGAGCCGACCGUGAAUACGGCCGGGGAUUCACUCAUCGCCGACUAUUCUUCUGCGUCACUGCUCAACUGGAAUAGACAAGACACGCGUGACGAGCAGCCAACAGGUUUAGCGAGCGCCACUCUGGCUGCGAUGUGCCAGUGUGCUGAACUGUAUCUUCCGGGUCACUGACACGGAACAGACCCAGCUGGAUUUAAAGCCUAACAUGCAACAAAUAUGACCCCCCCAUUCCCUAGAUGCACUGUGUUCUAAGAAUCAAUUGUAAUCGGUAGAUCCAGGUUUUAUUCGACUAGGGUUUCCCAAUUCCCGUCGACUCACCACGCUACGUCUUUCCCUGUUUACCAAAUUUACUCCCUCUUCAAGCACACGUUACUUGGUUCCACGCUGCUGCCCGUGCCCGAUGAUUGUCAAAGACGUCCCACAUGAUGCCGCUCAACAAUCAACGGUCUUGCGUUAAUAGAGCCGAUUCACGUUAAAUCAAGAUCUCAGUGUGCAUGUGUGGUGUACACGUAUUUCGUGUAUACGCAAACACACAAUACAUGUGGCGAGAUGUUAACUACCUCGCCUGGUAUACAGGAGGUCGCGGGUUCGAUUUCGACCCUGACGCCGCUGUAUAUUUGGAGUUUGCGUGUGCUCCCCGUGGUCGUGUGGAUUUUUCUCC